AUGGACAACGGGUCAUGCUGCCUCAUCGAGGGGAACCCCAUCUCCCAGGUGAUGCCACCGUUGCUGAUCCUGGCCUUCGUGCUUGGAGUACUGGGCAAUGGUGUCGCCCUGUGUGGUUUCUGCUUUCACAUGAAGACCUGGAAGCCGAGCACUAUUUACCUUUUUAACCUAGCUGUGGCUGACUUCCUUCUCAUGAUCUGCCUGCCCUUCCGGACAGACUACUACUGGAGACACAGGCAAUGGGCCUUCGAGGACAUUCCCUGUCGGGUGGCCCUCUUCAUGCUGGCCAUGAACAGGGCGGGGAGCAUCACCUUCCUCACGGUGGUGGCCGUGGACAGGUACUUCAAAGUGGUCCACCCCCACCACGUGGUGAACACCAUCUCCAAUCGGACUGCGGCUGGCAUCGUCUGUGCCCUUUGGACCAUGGUCAUCCUGGGGACUCUCUAUCUUUUGUUGGAGAGCCACCUGUGUGUGCGUGGGAACACCAUAUCUUGCGAGAGCUUCAUCAUGGAGUCGGCCAACGGCUGGCACGACAUCAUGUUCCAGCUCGAGUUCUUCCUGCCCCUCGGCAUCAUCCUGUUUUGCUCCUUCAAGAUCGUUUGGAGCCUGAAGCAGAGGCAGCAGCUGGCGAGGCAGACUCGGCUGAAGAAGGCUACCCGGUUCAUCAUGGUGGUGGCCGUUGUGUUCGUCACGUGCUACCUGCCCAGCGUGUCGGCCAGACUCUAUUUCCUCUGGACGGUGCCUUCGAGCGCCUGUGACCCCUCGGUCCAUGUAGCCCUCCAUGUCACCCUCAGCUUCACCUACAUGAACAGCAUGCUGGACCCCCUGGUGUAUUAUUUUUCGAGUCCCUCGUUCCCCAAAUUCUACACCAAGCUCAAAAUCCGCAGCUUGAGACCUAAGAGUCCAGGACGCUCCAGGACCCAGAGGUCGGAAGAGAUGCCAAUUUCAAACCUCUGUCGCAAGACUUGUGUCAGCAUGGCAAAUGGCUUCCAGAGCCAACCCGACGUGCAGUAGGAUCUCCAACUGUGCGGAAUGGCGCUGAAACAGGCAGACAAAACCAAGGAGGAC